AUUCGGUAGAUGGCUCUAGACUGGGCCAGACGCUCUCAGGGGCGGUGUGCGGAGGGUUUGUGCAAACAUCUUCUCGCUGGAGGAAGAGGAAUGCAAGAGGCGGCUGCCUGCGGUACAUCUUGGACUGUUUGAAGGAUGUGCUGACACUUGUGACCCACAGCGCGAAAGAUGAGGCCGGGGCCAAGCUGGGCAGGGUCCCGGAGGAGGGCAGUGAGCCCCCUGCCCGGAGCCCACGUGCUGCUCACAGGCACCCCUGCUGCCCAGGGGGCUGGGCCUCUCUCCUCCCCCUGCAAGCUGGCUCGCUGGACCCCUGCGAGGCCCUUCCUGGCCCUUCUGCUUCUGCUUUCCAUCAAACAAGUUACAGGAUCUCUCCUUCAGGAGACAACUCGGAAGUGGGCUCAGUACAAAGAGAAGUGUCUGAGAGACUUACUCAAGGAAACUUCUGGCACAGUCUGUAAUGGGACCUUCGAUCAGUAUGUGUGCUGGCCUCAUUCCACACCUGGAAAUGUCUCUGUCCCCUGCCCUUCCUACUUACCUUGGUGGCGCGAAGAGAACUCAGGAAGGGCCUACAGAUACUGCCUGUCUCGGGGUGCUUGGCAGACGCUGGAAAACUCCACAGAUAUUUGGCAGGACAACUCUGAAUGCGCCGAGGAUCACAGCUUCAAACAAAAAGUUGGACGCCACACCUUGCUGUCGACGCUGCAGCUGUUGUACACGGUGGGCUACUCUCUCUCCAUCGUCUCGCUCUUCCUGGCUCUCACCCUCCUCUUGUUUCUCCGAAAACUCCACUGCACACGUAACUACAUCCACAUGAACUUAUUUGCCUCUUUCAUCCUGAGAGCCCUGGCUGUGCUGGUGAAAGAUGUCAUCUUCUACAAAUCUUACUCCAAGAAGCCCAACAGUGAGAAAGAGUGGCUGUCCUACAUGUCGGAGAUUUCUGCCUCCUGCCGCUCAGCCCAGGUCCUCUUGCACUACUUUGUGGGCGCCAAUUACUCAUGGCUGCUCGUCGAAGGCCUUUACCUUGACACGCUGCUGGAGCCCAUAGUGUUUUCAGAAAGGCGGCUGUGGCCCAGAUACCUGCUGGUGGGUUGGGCCUUCCCGGUGCUCUUCGUUGUGCCCUGGAGCAUUGCCCGUGCUCAGCUGGAGAAUACUGGGUGCUGGGGAACCAACAGGAACAAGAAUAUCUGGUGGAUCAUCCGAGGACCCAUGCUGCUCUGCAUAAUGGUCAAUUUCUUCAUCUUCCUGAAAAUUCUCAAGCUUCUCAUUUCUAAGCUCAAAGCUCAUCAAAUGUGCUUCAGAGAUUAUAAAUACAGACUGGCCAAGUCCACACUGGUCCUCAUCCCUUUAUUGGGCGUUCAUGAGAUUCUCUUCUCUUUCAUCACUGAUGAUCAAGUUGAAGGAUUUCCAAGACUUAUACGACUCUUCAUUCAAUUGACUCUGAGCUCCUUCCAUGGGCUACUGGUGGCCUCGCAGUAUUGCUUCACUAACGGAGAGGUGAAGGCCGAGCUGCGAAAGCAGUGGGCCCGCUUCUUGCUAGCCCACCACUCAGGCUGCAGAGCCUGGGUCCUGGGGAAGAACUUCCGAUUCCUGGGGAAAUGUCCCAAGAAGCUCUCGGAAGGGACCAACUCUGGGUCACUGCAGAAGGCGCGGCCCUUGCCUGGUGGUGGGCGGCUCCUGCACUCGACCAGGGAGAGCCUAGGGGUGGCGGGCACCCCGCCUCGUCAAGGCCACGCAGCCUGGCCCCGCGGCAGCAGCCUGUCGGAGAGCAGCGAGGGUGACUUCACCCUGGUGCACACCAUGGAGGAGAUCUUUGAGGAGAGUGAGAUCUAGGCAGGAGCCCACUGCACCGGCUCCCGAGGACUUCUGAGCACUUGGAGGCGGCGGCCAAGCUGGAGAUGCAGGGUGAGCAUCGUUCGGGCACACCCGGCUCUCUCCAGCGCCACAACUCUUUCCAGGCUUUCCCUGCUCCAUAGACGGAGGCUGCAAACCCUCACCACUUCUGCCUGCCCUUGUCAUCCUCAUCACCCCUGAGGUGUGUUUUCCAGAAUGACCACUAGCCUCCUGGGCUGGCCCUAAAUUCAAGUGACUGGAGCCUGAGGACUGAGAGAGAUGUCGGCUCUGAAACAGAGGCCAGCGCUCACCAGGUGUCCAUCUGAAGUCGGGAGCAGGGUGUCCCAGGACAACCUGCCAAGUGUUUCACAUGCAGAGUCUGCUCAUUCAUGGCAAAGAUACUGAGAGAGCGCACCUGAGCACUUAGAUGGCCGGUGAUGGGACUUGAAUAACAAGCAGCCCGGGCAAUUCUGAUGCAAGCCUACAUUUUGAAACUCCAGGGCAGGAUGUGCUGGAACUAGAAGCCCCUCUGAGCUGGCCGCUGGUCCAGCGAGGCCUGCGGCAUUCUGCAUUCAGCGGUUAGGCUGUGACCUGCCUGCCCUCCUUCUCUGACAGUGCGGAUCCCACUCCACGGGAGUUCUGUUUGACCCGAGACAAGCCCAUCCUUCCUUGGAGUGUUGGCCCCAGCUCCCAGGGCCCCUCUGAAAGUUGCCAUUGUUGUUUUCUCACCUUUCCAGCUCCAUCUGCCUUUCUGAGUUUGACUUCUUCAAGCCUUACUUGCCUACUGUUCUCUGCUAUGUUUGGUUUGCCAUCAAUGGCUGUACCUGCUUCCCUGGGGGGUUUACCCACUGCUCUCCCUGACCUAAAUCCCCACUGAUAAGAAUUCUACUCCUCCUGUGGAAAUUGAUGCUAAGAGCUGGAGGGUACCCAGCUGAAAUGAGAGGACUGUGGGUGAUCUGGACGUGUCAAGGGGGUGCUGAGGGAGCCAGGGCUAGGGAACCCAGUCUGCCGAUGGGGAAUGAGUUGUGCUGCAGGCCCUGAGUGGAGGAUGUUUCUGGAGGCAGAGGAGGGCCCAGGCUUAGGGACAAGUUCAGUGACUGAAACUGUAAGGUGAGAGGCUGAGGAAGGUCAAAGGAGGAAUGCUCUAUGGAAACAGGGUUUUGGUGUUCAGGAGUGUUGCUUUUAUAAUAUGUGAACUGUACAUGAGUGGGUGGGCCGGAUAUAUUGCUGUGGGGCCAAAUCCUGCCUUAUUUUAGGGGGACGGGAGGUAUGACGCUUAUCAAGUAUGGUUGCCAGAUUCAGUAGUUAAAAAUACACAAUCCUCAAUUAAAUUUGAAUUUUGGAUCAAUGAAUAAUAGUAUUGUCUAAGUAUAUCCCAUGGGAUAUAUUUUAUGUGAAAUUCAAGUCUAAUUGUAUAUCUGGUACCUCACCUGGCAACUCCAUUGUCAAGGACACUCGGCAGCAGGACAGGGACCAGGAUGAGGCAAGUGAGGAUCUCAGUUCAGGUGCAAAAUUGAAGAGAGUACUGAAAACAAAAACAAAAACAAAACUCCACAAUCGUCAAGUACUAUUUCAGUGUGAUAAAAAAGCAACAACAAUUCCGUGAGCUACAGCCCAGGGACCAUUCAUAAAAAUGAUAUUUUAUUGGAACCAGGCCAGGAUUGAGGGUGGAGUUAAGUGGGACCAUGAGAUAUAAACGCAGGGUCUGGUCCUGACUUUAAAAAUUUUUGAGGAACUUCCCUGGUGGUCCAGUGGUUAAGACUGCAUGCUUCCGCUGCUGGGUGUGUGGAUUCUAUCCUGGUUGGGGAACUACGAUCCUACAUGAUGUGGAAUGCAGCCAGAAAGAAAAUGUUAAUAUUUUGCUCAUAAUGGACAUUUUAACAUUAAUUUUUAUUUUAAAAUGAUUAUAUCAAAGUAUUACUUAUCUUGAUUACCGAGCUUUUGGUCACCCACCUUAAAUUUGUACCUGAAGUGCCCAUCUUCCCCUCCUCCCAGGCCUGGCUCUGCUCUGCACCAGGGGAAACUGAAGCAAUGACCUUAGGCAAGUACAUAGCAAAGCAAAGGUUUCUUUUUUGUGUCCAGAUUAUCCACAAUUCAAUCAUUAAGAUCUAUGCCCUAGUUUUUUCGUUCUGUAAAAGUUUCUUCCAUUUCUCACUGGCUUAUUAGCACCUAGAAAGCUGGGCUGUGUGAAUUCCUAGCUGGUUCUCAGCAUAGCUGGUUGAGAACAGGUUCAGAACACAUACGUCAAAGGAAACAAAUGUCUCGGGAGUACUGGAUGCUAUUGAGAAUCAGUUAUUCAAGGCCCGGCCAUUUAUAAAAGGGACUUUUAAAAAGUGUUUGUAAAUAAGUCCUCACUCACUCACUCCACAAAUGGGGUGCCACACACAGACUGCUUGCUUUUGUUCU